AUGAAUCCAAGCCGUCGAAUCACCACGCUGUCCACACCCACCCUCCUCUUUCUCCUAGGGACUCUCAUUGCCCCAACCAAUUCGGCACAGAACACAACAAACAGCACCUCCUUCAAUCCCCUAGCCUACAUCAACCCGCUGAUCGGCUCCACCAACGGAGGCAAUGUCUUUGCAGGCGCCUCUCUCCCCUACGGGCUCGCCAAAGCCGUCGCAGACGUCAACGGCGAGAACACUGGUGGCUUCGCGACUGACGGCAGCAAUGUGACUGGGUUCAGCUCGGUGCACGACUCCGGCACGGGCGGCAACCCGAGCCUAGGCAACUUCCCUCUCUUCCCGCAGGUGUGUCCUGACGACGCCGACGUGGACAGUUGCCAGUUCCGCAUCGGCGACAGGGCAGUAUCGUACGUGAACGAUAGCGUGGUGGCGCGGCCGGGCUAUUUUGCGGUGCAGCUUGCAUCGGGCGUGUCCGCAGAGAUGACUGUGGGGGAGAAGACGGCCUUGUACCGCUUCACGUUCCCUUCUGCUGCUGCAGAUGGAAAUGGCACUGGCAGCGUCACGAAUGGCUCGCACUCUCUCAUCCUACUAGACCUUACGGAUCUCUGGCAGAGCAGACAGAAUGCCUCCAUCAGUGUCGAUGCAGAUACGGGCCGGAUGACUGGCAACGGCACAUUUCUACCGAGUUUUGGGGCGGGGUAUUAUCAAAUGUUUUUCUGCGUUGAUUUCUUUGGCGCGGGUGUCUACGAGACGGGCGUCUGGGUGAACAACCGUGCAGGAACUGAGCCAAAGGAGUUGUUCGUCACCAGAGGUUUCAACCUAUUUUAUCUUGAGGCAGGCGGCUUUGUGAGAUUCUCAGCAUCCACAGAUGAUAACGAAAUCCUGGCGAGGGUGGGCAUAAGUUUUAUUAGCUCCGAUCAGGCCUGCAGCAACGCUGAGUCCGACAUUCCCAACCCGGAGAGAAACUUUGACACGCUUGUGGGAGAAGCAGAGGAUGCCUGGCUGGAUAAGCUGAGCCCUGUAGCCAUUACGCCCGGAGGAGCAGACAACAAUCUCCAGACGACCUUCUGGAGCGGCAUCUACCACGCCAUGAUGUCUCCUCAGAACUACACAGGCGAGAAUCCCAAAUGGGACAGCGGAAUUCCUUACUUUGACUCGUACUACUGCAUCUGGGACUCAUUUAGAGUGCAGCAUCCUUUACUCACCAUCCUCGACCCUGACGCCCAGAUACAGAUGGUCAACUCGCUCCUCGACAUCUACCAGCACGAAGGUUGGCUCCCAGACUGUCACAUGUCCCUCUGCGACGGCUGGACCCAAGGAGGGAGCAACGCAGAUAAUGUGCUCGUGGACGCCUACGUGAAGAACCUCUCCUCUUCCACCACAAGCAGCGGCAGCAUCGACUGGAACCUGGCACUCGAGGCCAUCAUCAAUGAUGCCGAAAACGAGCCCCUCGAGUGGUCCAUUCACGGGCGUGGCGGGCUCACCAGCUGGAAGAACCUCGACUACAUUCCUUAUCUCGACUACGACCCCAUCGGCUUUGGCACCAACUCGCGCAGCAUCUCGCGCACCCUCGAGUACGCCUACAACGACUUCAACCUCGCGGUACUGGCGCAGGGGCUGGGCAGGUCGGACCUGUACUCCAAGUACCUUGCACGCAGCACCAACUGGCAAAACUUAUGGAAGCAAGACCAGACAUCCUUCAUCAACGGCACCGACACGGGCUUCACGGGGUUUUUCCAGCCUAAAUACCUGAACGGGACAUGGGGCUACCAGGAUCCUAUCGCCUGCUCGAACCUCGCCUCCUUCUGCUCGUUGACCACCAAUCCGUCCGAGACAUUCGAGGCGAGCAUCUGGCAGUACCAGUUCCUCGUGCCCCAGGAUGUAUCGGGGAUCAUCUCGCUCAUGGGCGGUGACGAGGCUUUCGUCUCCAGGCUGGAGUUUUUCCACACCUCUGGCCUUGCCGAUAUCUCGAAUGAGCCCGUGUUCUUGACUGUGUACCUGUACCACUACGCCGGGCGGCCUGGUUUAUCCGCCAGCAGGAUCCACACGUACAUUCCGUCCUCCUUCAACGAUACCGAGUCGGGACUACCUGGUAAUGACGACAGCGGCGCCAUGGGCUCGUUCCUCUUCUUCAGCAUGAUCGGCCUCUUCCCAGUGGCAGGGCAAAAUGUCUACCUGAUCUCGGCGCCUUUCUUCGAGAGCGUGAGUGUCACGCACCCUGUGACAGGCAAGACGGCCACCACGAGCGUCGUGGCCGGGUGGGAUGGUGCGGCGUACCAGAGCAUCUAUAUACAGAAUGUGACUGUGAAUGGGCAGCCUUGGACCAAGAGUUGGAUCGGGCACGAGUUCUUUACCGAGGGGUGGACGAUGGAGCUAGUGCUAGGAACGACCGAGUCUUCUUGGGGCACGGCGGAGGCGGAUCGCCCGCCGAGUUCUUCUGGUUCUUCUGAGAUGAUGACAACGAGAUUUAUGGGCUUGUAG